AUGGAUCUGGGAUCGCAGUCCACUCUUAAUAAUGGUCUCAGCCUUCCCCUUAUUGAAGAACUCUAGGCUAAAGGUUUGCCGAAAAAUGAGCACAACACUAACACAAAGCAUUGUUUGUUGGUUAGCCUUUCCAGAACCCCUGCAUCAGACAAGAAUUCCAUCUGGAUCACAAGACAAAGUUUCAGUUUCUGAUUUUGGACCAGAAAUGGCCGAACCUCCAGUGACUGUGUCUCAAGUGGUGACAUCAAAGUUGUCUGCUAAAGCACCUGAGUUUUACCCAUCAGGGUACAACCAGAACAUCAGUCAGAACUUUACAGAUUCCUCCUUUGAAGAUAGAUAUGAUGGGUAUCUGACUUUGGCAGAAUAUGUACAAGACUUUCUAAAUCACCUCACUGAGCAACCAGGUUGUUUUGAAACUGAAAUAGAGCAGUUUGCUGAAGCACUGAAUGGCUGGGUCACUGCAGAUGAAGCUUUACAAGAACUUGUUGAACUCAUCUAUCAGCAGGCCACAUCUGUCCCAAAUUUUUCCUACAUGGGAGCACGGUUGUGUAACUAUCUAUCUCACCAUCUAACCAUUAGUCCACAAAGUGGGAACUUCCGACAGUUGUUACUUCAAAGGUGUCGAACAGAGUAUGAAAACAGAGAUGAAGCUACCAGAGGAGAUGAGACUACGCGAAAACAAUUUCAUGCCUUUGUGCUGUUCUUAGCUGAACUUUACCUUAACCUAGAGAUUAAAGGAACAAAGGGACAUGUAACACGAGCAGAAAUUCUUCAGGAAGGGCUUCGGGAAUUACUAAAUGCACUCUUCUCUAAUCCUGUGGACAGUAAUUUGAUAUGUGCAGUGAAACUGCUGAAGUUGACAGGCUCAGUUUUAGAAGAUGCUUGGAAAGAAAAAGGAAAGAAUGAUAUGGAGGAAAUGAUUCUGAGAAUUGAAAAUGUUGUGUUGGAUGCAAGCUGUAGCAGAGAUGUGAAACAUAUGCUUCUGAAACUAGUAGAACUGCGAUCAAGUAACUGGGGUAGAGUUCAUGGAACUUCUUCACAUACAGAAGCUACCCCUGAAAAUGACCCAAAUUAUUUUAUGAAUGAGCCAACAUUUUACACUUCUGAUGGUGUUCCUUUUACUGCGGCAGAUCCAGAUUACCAAGAAAAAUACCAAGAACUGCUUGAAAGAGAGGACUGGUUUCCAGAUUAUGAAGACAAUGGAACAGAUCUAGCAGGACCUGGAGAUCUGUAUUUUGAUGACAUUGAUGAUGAGAUGGAUCCAGAAAUUGAAGAAGCAUAUGAAAAAUUCUGUCUAGAAUCAGAAUAUAAGAGAAGACAGUGAGAUGUUACACGUUAAUGUUAGUUUAUCAAGCCAGUUUCGGUAUGGUUAGAAUACAGGGGGGCACAAAACAUUUGUACCAAAAUAAGGAACUUCAGUUUCUCCAAGCACGAAAGUUACACAGUUUUCAUUUUGUUAAACAGAAUCUGCCAAAAAUUGUAAACUUAUGCCCUGUAACUUAAAAAGUUGUGUAUAUAUCAUAGUUUAUUUUCUGUACAGGUAUAUGUACAAUGUUUUGGCUGCAAUAAAAGUGAUUUAAAAAUUACCAUAAGUGAAAUUAAAAGUUAAUUGG